CCGAGACAACAGUUGGUUUCUAAAUGUCCAGCGGCAAUGCACAAAAUUAGUUGAUUACGAACCAAUCAAUUGUGUUGUUAUUUUGGCUCAUUACGCACACGAACCAAUCAGAUGGCGUCUUAUUUUGGUCAUUACGAAAGGAAAAACGAGCAAAACAAGGAACCUGAAAUGAUGUUUCGAACGUGAUAUUCGAAGAGGGAAAAAUAUUAAUACCGAGGAGUACGCCAUGGCGUCGCAUCGCAGAUUUAACAUCCCUCUGCAUUCUAACGAUGCGUUAAAAACCAUGAACGAUCUUCGAAGGAAAGGCGAGCUUUGCGAUGUUGUCUUGCAUGUGGAUGGACACGAAUUUCCCGCGCAUAAAAUUGUGCUGGCGGGAGCGAGUUCUUACUUGCGAGCAAUGUUUACAAACGGCAUGUUGGAAAGUGGCAUGAAAGAUAUAAAGUUACAAGGGGUAGAAGCGAGUGUGAUGGAAAGUUUACUGAAUUUUGCUUAUACAGGCUCCAUCGAUGUAACGGUAGAGAACGUACAGGCGCUGCUAUCCGCCGCUUCCCUGUUGAACUUGCAAAGCCUCAGAACUGUUUGUUGUGGUUUUCUUCAGACACACCUUGAUGCAUCGAACUGUCUUGGGAUUCGGGCGUUCGCCGAUUUGUAUUCUUGCUCCGAACUUGAGGAAGCUGCCUAUCGUUUUGUUCGUCAACACUUCUUGGAUGUAGUCAAGUGUGAUGAAUUCUUACAACUACCCAAGCAAGCGUUGCGGAAUCUCUUGAGGGAAGACCUUCUUCAGGUUCGAUCUGAAAACCAAGUGUUCGAAGCUGUCGAAGCGUGGAUUUUGCAUGAUUUUUGCCGACGUAAGGAUUACGCAGUUGAAUUGUUAACCAAUGUAAGAGUUCCUCUCUUAACUCUUGAGUUCCUGGAAGCGCGAGUUUUUCCUUCGAAAAUCAUCAAGAACAAUGCCGACUGCCAACUCUUUCUGGCCAAAGUGCUUAACGAAAGUGCCCGCAAUCUCCCGCGAUAUAUGACACUUCCACGCGCUCAACCGCAAGCUGUUUACGCGAUCGGUGGUCGAAACGCCGUUGAUUGCCAGCUUUCGAGCUUAGAAAGAUAUGAUACCCUAACUAACCAAUGGACCUUAUUGGCAAGCAUGAAAUAUCCUAGAACUGCAGUUGGUGCUUGCAGUCUCAAUGGUUUGCUUUAUGUAGUGGGUGGAGAGUGUGCAGUUAGCACCCCACAUGAUGACACCAUGUAUGUGCGACAUGUUGAAUGUUAUGAUCCAGCUGUAAACCAUUGGAUUUCAUUAGCUGACAUUGCUAUUCAGAGGUCGUUUGUUGCAGUGACGGCAUUAAAUGGCUACCUGUAUGCCCUUGGCGGUGAAGACAGAACUUGCAGUUAUAACUAUGUUGAGAGAUACGACCCAAAAACAGAUCACUGGAGUACUGUGCAAUGCAUGCGACGAAAGAGAUCCGGAGCAGGAGUUGCUGUUUGUGACGGUUUGUGUCAUGAGCCCAACUGUAAAAUAGUCGAACCUCCUGCAAGAAACCAUCCAAAAUGCGAAGAUUUGCACAUUACCUUGUGGUUUUUCUCAUAAGGUUCUAUCUACACUGUAUUACCGUAAAUCCUCUAUUAAGCCCUCCCCCCCCGCCUCAAAUAUGCCCCUCCCUCUAAUAAGCCCUCCCUCUCUAUUAACCCCACUUCUUCUCCCCUAGUUACUCUUCACGAAUAAAUAAGAGACUGUGUUAAUCAAUCAUGACUGUAAAACUUCGUGUGGACUGAUCCUCAGCUGCAUGACCUCCAACCUUCUUGUUCUUGAGCUUUUCCACUCUGUAUUCUAGUUCUUUAUGGACAACUGAUACCAUCGGCUUUUCUAUUAUAAUUGGAGAAGCCCCCCAGCUCGAUGGGCUUGAAAUAAAUAAGCCCCCUGAGAGGCUUAAUAGAGGAUUUACAGUAACUGACAGAAAACAGAUUUUGAAGGUUUCAAAUUGGUGAUUGCUUAUGAAAGGUGAUAAUACAGGGAGGUUUGACCAUGCUAUUUUAAUUUCUGAGAUGUCAAGUUUUAUGACUAUAGUUAAUUUUUUUUCAAUAUAGCCUGCAAGCAAGCUCUCCGGGGCACUCUGGUAGUGGGACAGGAAAAGGAAGGAGAGCUUACUACUAUGUCUCUGGAAUUUGAAUUCCACCUCUAACUCACCUGUGGCUCCCUGUCAACUGAGCUGUCAGAUUUCCACCAAUCAGUGUGAUGCGGAAACAAGUGCGAACAUAAACAGACAUUGAAAAACACGUUCCUAGGAUAGUGACGUCAUUGCUAAUGACAUUCCCCGCCAACCAGCAUUUUGCAUCAGCGUUUUCGAUGGAGAUAUUCAAUUCCAGAGACAUAGUGGCAAGCUUUCCCUGCCGUCAGAGCACCGUGGAGAGCUUGCUCACAGGCUAUUUUGAAUAUAGUACAUAUCAUACUUUGAAUCAGCUUUUGAGGCCCUUUAAGGAGAGGAAAAUGAUCGUGAUUCAGAUGUUGAAUUUCUGAACUUUUGAGGGUAUGUUCGUAAUGGGAGGGGUCCUUUGCCUUGUAAGAAUGUGCUGUGAUUUUGGGACUCCAGAUCUAGGAGAAAGAAACCAACAGAACAGAACACCAUGUUUUAUCUGAUAUGUGGACAACAAGAAGUGCAUUGGAUGAAACACUCUUUUUGAUAUAGCUUUUCAAAUGAUCAAGAGUUACCUCACAGGUUUUGUUGUAAUGCAAGAUUUCAUUGUAAAAAGUUUGAAAAAAUUUAGUGCAGUGUUCCCUGAAGUAACCUUGCAACCAUGAGUUAUUUUGCAAAGUAUUAGACUAUUAUCAAACCUAGGCAACACAAUUGCAAAAUCAUGCUUCAAACAAUGGGCCCAGAUGGCCAGGGCUUAUUGCAGUUUCUGUAGAAUAAAGCACUUAGGCCCAGUUCAGACGUCGUGCUUCUGCCGUGCCGAACUUAAUUGUAAUUUGGUUCAACUGUAGCACAGCAGGAAAACAACUUUGAUUCAGACGUCGUGCCAGAGUCGAACCAAAUUCACGAUUUACUGAUGCCUCGUAACAAUUCUUCUUCCAACUCCCCAUGGGAACGCAGUCUUGCCAAAAUACUUUAAUAUAAUUUAUGUAUUUUGUUUAGCGCGGCAGAAGCAUGACGUUUGAAUCGCUGCCGUGCCAGAGCUGUGUAGCACGGCAGCGCUUGUCGAACUUAAUUGCUUGCCGAACUUAAUUCAAAAGUUUGAUUCAGACGCUGCGCUUCUGACAACAGAAGCACGACGUCUGAACUGGGCCCUAGGAGUAUUGGAUGCUAUUCCAUGGUUACCUCCAGUAAACGGUUGCUUUGGCAAUUGGUCAUUGGAAAUUUGGGCGAUGGGUAUACCAAGCUCACUGCAAUGAUUUGCUUGAGUGACCACUAAACAAUAGCUUCUCAGUGCACAAUUCCCAAUGCCUAAAAGCAACCUUCAUUGAAACAGCAACACUGUACAUUUACAAGUGGGUGGAUGGAGACUCUACUACCCAAAGAAACUAUGCAAUGGCAAGACUUUAAUCCAGAUCUAAAGAUCCAAUGUGUGAUGUGUUAACUAUUAGACCAGACAUGUCAACAUUGUUGUCACGCUGCUGUAGAAAAAGGAACACUUGCCAACUACAUAGUUAUUAUUCUUUAAAAAUAAUACAAAAUUUCACACAAAAAUUGGUGCCCGUGGACCACAAAAAUCUGCCCAUGUUAUCUCAGACACUUUUUAAAUGCUUUGUAUUAUUGAAAGAGCAAGUUGUUUGCUUUUCUAUUGCAGGGAAGAUAUUCAUUGCAGGGGGCUAUGACCGUGGAGUGCAUAGCGACAGAGCAAGUGUUGAAUGCUAUGAUCCUGAUUCCGACACCUGGACUUUUGUCACUGAACUUGAAAAAGCACGGUCAGGCAUGACACUGGCAACCAUUAACGGAUACAUCUAUGCGCUAGGUGGCCGCAACAGAAGUACAGAUCAUUAUUUUGAUCUCGCCGAAAGAUACAACCCCCAGACCCAUCAGUGGCAGCCUAUAGCACCCUUGAACACACCCCGAGCAUGGCCUUCAGUGGCAGUUUAUGACAACAAGAUAUUUGUGCUGGGGGGAUUUGAUGGAGCACAUAGACUCUCCAGUGUGGAAGUUUAUGAUCCUGACACAGAUACUUGGCGUUUUAUGCAGGACAUGAACACUUGUCGAGCAGGAAGUGGUGCAGCUGUGUUGUAAAGAGUUUGGAAGCAAAAUAAAAGAGCUAUUGUUUGAUUUCUUUGAAGUCUUUUGAGGGCCGUUCUGUGGUGGACUUGGCACUUGCGUGAUGUUUUUUCACGGUUUUACACACAUUUUUAAAUUUGUAGAUGUUUUUGCCCAACUUGCUG